UGGAGUGUAUUUUUAUUAUUUGUAACUUAGAAGGCGAAUGUAUCGUUUCGUUUCAUGUCGUAAAUUGUUCGUGGUUUUUAGUUGUGUAGUCCCGUAUUAUGGCGCCGCUGUCUCACUGUUUAUGUCCCUGUUUAUAGCUAGUUUGUAUAUAUUUCGUUUAUAUUGUUGUCAUUGUUUAUAUUAAGUGUCUUUUUAUAUAAUUCUGUUGCAUGUUUCGUGGCGUUUGGUUUGUAAUCCGUGAAUUAGGGACUAUUUGUUUACGUGUAGUGUGUGAGGUGUGUGGAAGUCGUUUUCCGGCUGGUUGGUUUCUGUCUUUUUUGGUGUGUGGAAGGAGCGGUGAAGGGAGCAGGAAGUCUCUCUGUAAAUCGAGUGUAGAGAACAGCAAACUCACACCAUCCAGCCUUAUUUAUUUUGUGUUUGUGUUCGUCAUAGUCCUGGACGAAGUCCGAAAUUGGGUGUUUUGUUUGAUGUAAAAAGUUUGUUUCGUUUGGUUCUGUUUUGUGUCAGUUUUAUCUAUUCUUUUUUUAUAACUUUUGGUUCCAUGCAAUAAAUUUUAUUAAAUUGUUAAAAGUUUUGUUUUAUUUUAGUAGCUUAUUAUUUAGACUAAGGUUAGGGUUUAACCACUGUGGGUUCUACCACGGUUGCACUGACCGGACAGAUUAGUUAGUUAAGCCUAGAAGGGUAGAUUUUAAGGUAUCCCCCCCUAGCAGGGCUUACAAAUUGGUAGCACGAGUGGGGUCAGUGCUUUAGUCUAGUUAAAUUUUUGUUUUUUUCUAGGGCUAGUGUAGCUUAGUUAAAUUUUUUUGUUUUUGAUAGGCCCUUUAUGGAACCAUAUGUGUUUAGUUUUUGUUUAGUGUAGGAACCGUUUGUUGUUUAAAACACCCAAUUCGGACGAGAUGGCGGAGGUGGCACCAGCCAUCAUUAUCGUUCCACCCAGGGAGAUCCUCAUCCGGAAGUUUCAUGGGGACAGCCACGGCUAUGAUGUGGAACGAUUCAUUGACGAGGUCCAGUCUCUCUGGAGGGCCAGAAGAGACGUCUCAGUAGAAGAGAGGAAGGACCUUCUCUGGCAGUACCUGGGGGAAGCUGUGAGAGAAGAACUGAGCUGCAGGGGAGAUGACCUGCAACAUGACCCAGAGGCCUCCAUCAGGCUCCUCCGAGAAGUCUAUGGGGAGAAGAGGAGCGUCUCCCAGCUAAUGGCGCAACUCCAAAUGGUUGUGCAGGGCCAACACGAGUCGGUGAGGGCCUACUCGCACCGCCUGCACAAGGCCUUCAAGGCCCUUGUUGCCAGACAGGGCACCCUGCAGGUCCCUCAGACGAAUGCUGAGUUCCUAAGGGACCAGUUUAUGGAAAAGCUGAGCCAGUCCUCAGUCAGACGCCAGUUGCAAGAACUAGUUUUCAGGGACCCUAAGAUCCCCUUCCUGGCCAUACGGGAUGCGGCCAUUCGAUGGUCUGGAGACGAGGACCCAGGUACAGAAUCUGCCUAUGUGGCAGCUCUACAUGCACGCCCCAAGGAAGAACCCACCCUGCCCAGGUCUAAGCUGGAAGACAGGGUGGACAAGCUCGCAGAGCAGCUAUCGGCUCUGUUGACUCAGUUGGCACAGAACCCUCAAGUGUCAUCUAGCCGAAGGGUACCCCGCCGACGUCCAGAGGCGGAAACAAGAAUGUGUUACAAUUGUAACCAGCAAGGUCACCUCGCCCGCAAUUGUCGAAACUCAAAGAAGCAGGAGGCCGCAGUGAUUCAGAGUCUUACUACUGCUGGUGGGCAGAGCCCAAGCUCCACCAUUCACAAGCUGGCUGGACAGUGCCCCACCCUGACUGUUUAUUUACAAGGUGUACCGGUGACGGCCGUUAUAGACAGUGGUUCGCAAGUCAGCACGGUCACUGAAACAUUUUUUUACAGUAGCCUCAAGAACAUUAUCUUAAGAACAGACACACCCCUGUCCCUGAGGGCAGCAAAUGGGUUGGCCAUCCCAUACAAUGGCUAUUUUAUUACUGACCUGGAGGUCAAUAAAGAAGAAAUACGCGACAAGGGGUUCCUUGUGAUAAAGGAUCCAGUGGGUGGCUCAGCUCCACCCUGCUUGUUGGGCAUGAACGUUCUCCAGGACCUGACCACAUUGGCCCACCUGAUCAAGCCUCCAGGGGUGACACCGAAGGUAUGGCGAGGGGACAAGGUCCUCCGCCCCCGCGAAAGGACUCUGGUGUCUGCCAAGAGUGUACCAACCAUUCAGGCGACGAAAGGGGACCCCGGAAUGAAGGACGACAAGGUGGUGCAGCCAUUAGACCAACCUUUUCACCCAGAUCCGUCAGUGGUAUCAGGCCCAACAUCCUGCCUACGCGCCAGCAUAACCAGUAUAAAGGUGGACCAAUCUAAGGAACUAGAGGCAAUGGUUCCACCUAACCCAUCCUUAAUUAAGGCACCGGGUGGUGGUGCUGGGGGGAUGCCCCCAGACAGAGUCGAGCAAGAAGGACAAGCAGGUCAAAAAGGCACCUGUAGCUGAACUGGCCAUAGGCGAUCUGGUCCUUCUGAGACAACCCCCACUAGGCAGACGCAAAAUGGCAGACCUGGACGACGCGACAGUUUACGUCGUGGUCGAAGUACCUCCGAUCACCGGCGGGUGUUACGCCAUUAAAAAGAAAGAUGGCCCUUCUGGCACCCGCCGGGUGGCCAGCACCCAGAUCAGGAGAUAUGGGCCUCCCCGGGCUCAACCACCCUCCCCAAGGCCGGUCAAAGUGAUACCGCCGGCUACUCCAGGUUACAGCCACAUUAUUUAUAAGGUCCAAUUGCCGGGGACCAGAGCAGCCGGUAACCCCACAGUACCUGACAUACCUCUGCGUAGGUCGGUCAGGGAGCGCAGAGUCCCUAGUAGGCUAGACUUGUGAUUGUGCCCUGUGGGCUGAUUUUUUUUGACAAUGUUUUUUUGUAAAAUUUAUGAUUGUGCCCUGUGGGCUGAUUUUUUUGCAAGUUCUUUUGCAAAGUUUUUUGUUUUUUUGUAACAUAUAUGAUUAGGCCCUGUGGGCUGAUUUUCUGGCAAAGAUUGUUUUUUUGUAAUAUUUAUGAUUGUGCCCGGUGGGCUGAUUUUUUUGCAAGUUCUUCCUGCAAAGUUGUUUUGUUGUAACAUUAUGAUUAUGCCCUGUGGGCUGUUUUUUUCAAGUUUGUUAGCUUGCGGUGACCGCAAGCUUUAAGGGGCGUGUAUGUGAGCGGCUGGAGUGUAUUUUUAUUAUUUGUAACUUAGAAGGCGAAUGUAUCGUUUCGUUUCAUGUCGUAAAUUGUUCGUGGUUUUUAGUUGUGUAGUCCCGUAUUAUGGCGCCGCUGUCUCACUGUUUAUGUCCCUGUUUAUAGCUAGUUUGUAUAUAUUUCGUUUAUAUUGUUGUCAUUGUUUAUAUUAAGUGUCUUUUUAUAUAAUUCUGUUGCAUGUUUCGUGGCGUUUGGUUUGUAAUCCGUGAAUUAGGGACUAUUUGUUUACGUGUAGUGUGUGAGGUGUGUGGAAGUCGUUUUCCGGCUGGUUGGUUUCUGUCUUUUUUGGUGUGUGGAAGGAGCGGUGAAGGGAGCAGGAAGUCUCUCUGUAAAUCGAGUGUAGAGAACAGCAAACUCACACCAUCCAGCCUUAUUUAUUUUGUGUUUGUGUUCGUCAUAGUCCUGGACGAAGUCCGAAAUUGGGUGUUUUGUUUGAUGUAAAAAGUUUGUUUCGUUUGGUUCUGUUUUGUGUCAGUUUUAUCUAUUCUUUUUUUAUAACUUUUGGUUCCAUGCAAUAAAUUUUAUUAAAUUGUUAAAAGUUUUGUUUUAUUUUAGUAGCUUAUUAUUUAGACUAAGGUUAGGGUUUAACCACUGUGGGUUCUACCACGGUUGCACUGACCGGACAGAUUAGUUAGUUAAGCCUAGAAGGGUAGAUUUUAAGGUAUCCCCC